GGGCCGAUAUAAUAUAGGUUGUAGGUAAGUGUAUAUGUAUAUAUGUAUAUGCGGGCGUAUGAGUAGCCUACUAUAUAAACUCAGUGAGACAACCCUUGGGCAAUCAUAGUUACAAAGUACUUGCCCAGCACACGAUCAAACUUCAACAUGAAGGUAAUCAUUUUGGCCGCCGUUAUAGUCUGUAACGUAUCAGCUGGUCUGAUAGCGCCUUCCCCGUACGGCUAUGCGCGACCCUACGGUGUGGCGCAUGUAGCAGCUCCUAUCGCAGUUGCCAGACCAGCUGCAUAUGCCGCUGCUGUGGACGACUACGAUCCCAAUCCUCAAUACUCCUAUGCGUAUGACAUCCAAGACGCUUUAACGGGCGACUCUAAGAGCCAACACGAGACGCGUUCCGGUGACGUCGUGCAGGGGUCAUACUCACUGGUCGACCCCGAUGGCACGCGCCGUACCGUGGAAUACACCGCUGACCCCCACAACGGUUUCAACGCCGUCGUCCAUAGAGAACCGUUAGGCGCUGUUAAAGCUGUUGCACCUGUAGCAGCUUAUCACUAGAACACAUUUAAGUUUCAAUAUUAAAUAUCUUUGCGACGAAAAUGUUUCAAAGGAUAUUUUAUAUUGAAAUGGGAUACUUUCUGAAGGAGACCUUAAUUUUGUUAUUUAUUGAAAUAUGUUAAAUACUUACAAAUAUUAUGUUAAUACUAAGUUAAUAAAUAAGAGGAAUCGAAAA